CCGCCUGGAGGCGCGGCAGCCCCGAGAACCCGGAUCCACCCGGGACGCUUCUCUCGCCCCGCGGAGCCGGCGGAGCAGGAACCUCUGUGCAUUGGAGACCAUGGAUAAAUAUGAUGUGGUUAAGGCCAUUGGGGAAGGUGCCUUCGGGAAAGCUUACUUGGCCAAAGGGAAAUCAGAUAGCAAGCCCUGUGUUAUAAAAGAGAUCAAUUUUGGAAAGAUGCCCAUCCAAGAAAAAGAAGCUUCGAAGAAAGAAGUCAUUCUCCUGGCAAAGAUGAAGCAUCCCAACAUUGUCACUUUCUUCAGUUCAUUUCAAGAGAACAACAGGCUGUUUAUUGUGAUGGAGUAUUGUGAUGGAGGGGAUCUUAUGAAAAGGAUCACUAGACAACGAGGAGUGUUAUUUAGUGAGGAUCAGAUUCUGAGUUGGUUUGUACAGAUUUCUCUAGGACUAAAACAUAUCCAUGACAGGAAGAUCUUACACAGGGACAUAAAAGCACAGAACAUAUUUCUUAGCAAGAAUGGAAUGGUUGCAAAGCUUGGGGACUUUGGUAUAGCAAGAGUCCUGAACAAUUCCAUGGAACUUGCUCGAACUUGUGUUGGAACACCUUACUACUUGUCUCCAGAGAUCUGUCAGAAUAAACCCUACAAUAAUAAAACGGAUAUUUGGUCUCUUGGCUGUGUCUUAUAUGAGCUCUGCACACUCAGGCAUCCUUUUGAGGGUCGCAACUUACACCAGCUGGUUCUGAAGAUUUGUCAAGCACAUUUUGCCCCAAUAUCUCCACGGUUUUCCCGUGACCUACGGACCUUGAUAUCUCAGCUCUUUAAAGUGUCUCCCCGAGAUCGGCCAUCUAUUAAUUCCAUUUUGAAAAGACCCUUUUUAGAGAAUCUUAUUUCCAAAUACUUGGCUCCUGAGGUCAUUCGGGAAGAAUUUAAUCACACACUCAUACAUAGAGAAAAGUUGUCAGCUUCUCGACCUGCUGCGAAGAUGGUCCAGGAUUCUAAAAUACAGAAAGUGAGAUUCCAGGGAAGGUGCUCACCAAGAUCUAGGAUAUCGGUGCCAAGUAAAAUGAAGGAUGUAUUACAUAGAAAUGAAUGGAGACCACCAGCUGGAGCCCAGAAGCCCAUACCUAUAAAAAUGGUAGAAAGGCCCAAACUUGCUGCAGUAUGUGGACAUUAUGAUUACUAUUAUGCUCAACUUGACUUGUUGAGGAAGAGAGCCCACGAACCAAGUUACCACCAUGUUACUCAAAACGAUACUGGAGUUGAGGAGGAUUAUAGUCAGGAAGAAAGUUACAGCCCAUCACCAGGUCAAUGGCCUGCUGAAUAUCUUCAGAGGAAAUUUGAAGCUCAACAAUAUAAAUUGAAAGUGGAAAAGCAGUUGGGCCUUCGUCCAUCUUCUGCUGAGCCAAAUCACAACCAGAGACAGAGGCUAAGAAGUAAUGGAGAAGAGCCCAGAUUCCAGGAGCUGCAGUGCAGGAGAAAUGAAAUGAAGGAACAGGAAUAUUGGAAGCAGUUAGAGGAAAUACGCCAGCAGUACCACAAUGACAUGAAGGAAAUUAGAAAGAAGAUGGGGGGUGAACUGGAGGAGGACUCAGAAAUAAAUCAUAAAACCUAUUUGGUGAAGAAGAGUAACCUGCCCGUCCACCAAGAGGCACCUGAGGAAGAAGCACCUGUGCAGGAUAUUGAAAGAAACUUGAAACAAAUUAGACUUCAGAACAUACAGGAAAGUAAAAUUCCAGAGCAAAAAUAUAAAGCUAAGAGAGGGGUAAAGUUUGAAAUUAAUUUAGACAAAUGUUUUUCUGAUGAAAACACCCUCCAAGAGGAAGAGGCAGUGGAUAUACGAAAUGAAACUUUGAUCUUUGAGGACGGCAUGAAGUUUAAGGAAUAUGAGUGUAUAAAGGAGCAUGAAGAUUAUACAGACAGAGCAUUUGAAAAACUCUGUUGCCCAGAAGCAGAGUUGUUCAUUCAGGAUGCUACUGCUGCAGAAAACAGGAGACAGUGGGAUGCUGGAGCUCCUCAGACUCUGCUGCAAAUGAUGGCAGUAGCUGACGUCACCUCCACCUGCUCCACCAUGCCUGAAGGUGAAUCUAAGAUCGGUUGGCAAGAGGAGACCAAGGCCCAGAGGCAGUUGGGUUGCUUACCCUGACAUGAUAGUUCUCACUUUUCAGUAUAGUCCCUAUAGAUUUGGUAUCAAAUGCCUUUUAAAGAUGUUGUUUUGGUUCCUCCCCUACCUCCCCAGAAACUUGCUUGCUAAUUAUACUAGACAAUUGACCACCCUAACUAUGACUGUAAAGGAGGAAAGAUCCAGAAUCCCAUCUUCCUCGCAGUAAGAGAGAAUGUACAAGGAAGGGCAGUUGGCUUGAUUUGCCUUCAAAUGCUAGCCCAAUAACUUCUUUGCAGUUUCUUGGAGGGUUGGUUUUUUCAGUCAAUAAAAUCAGAGUUAAAAUAAUAGCUCUCCUACCAGAUUUAGAGGUAACAGUGCAAAGAUACAUAUAAAAUUGCUUUGUACAAGCAAAUGUGCUAUUUAAAUCUUAAGAGUGUUCAGGAUGUGAUGAAAUUUUCAUCCUAAAUUCCUUUGUUUACGGUUGAGCCUCUGGCAUAGUCUCCUUAGGAGAGGUUUACAGCAACAUCCAGGUGUUAUCUUUACAGGUGGUGAAGAUUUUUAUUACUUAUUUCCUGUGUUCCUCUUGAUAACAUGGGGCUGGGAGAGGGCUAAAAGUUGUGCCCAUGUUAUAAGUUGAAAUAUGUAAGUAUAUCACUGAAAGUAGUAAUUAUAAGAGUGUGAAUUGACUUAUCUUUGUACUAUUACAAAAUACUGAAGUCAUCAAACUUGCAAGAAAGGGCUUGCAAAUGAAAUACGAUUUAAUCCAUUCUAAGCCAAUGAGUCAAUAAGAGGGGAAACCUAAUUUAAAAUAAGCAAAUAGAAUAGAGAUUUUAACACACUAAAAUAGCCAGUUUGCAGAGCAAAAAAUGACUCUCAUACCCAUCAGCUAUGUGACAAUAAGUCAGUAAACUUUUCUGUAUCUAGGUUUCUUUACUAAUAAAAUGAGGGGUGGGAUGAGGUUACCUCCAAGGUUCGAACAUUCUGUGA